AUGACGGCGUCCAAGCCGCUGCCAGAUUCUGCCUCUGCCAUUACCCCACAAAAGUGGGAUCUCACGCUCAGCAGCCCUUGCAAAAUCAACUUGUUUCUUCGUAUAAUGGGGGAGCGUCCGGAUGGCUUUCACGAGCUCGCCUCUCUCUUCCAGUCAAUAAGCCUUCGCGACACCAUCCACUUCUCCAAAAAGUCGCCGCACGGUUCCGCUCCUGAUCAGGACACGCUUGAAUGCGAUAAGCAAGGCGUGCCGACAAACGAUUCCAACCUCGUCCUCAAAGCGCUAGCCAAGUUCCGCGAGCGCACAGGCGUGGAGCAAUACUUUCACGUCAGACUCGAGAAAAGGGUUCCAUUUCAGGCCGGUCUCGGCGGGGGCUCGGCCAACGCUGCCACGGCCCUGUGGGCUGCAAAUGUCCUCGCAGACAAGCCGUGCACGAAUAAGCAAUUGGCUGAGUUUGGCGCCGAGUUCGGCUCCGACGUCUCGUUCUUUCUCUCCAGUGGAACGGCGUACUGUACUGGCAGAGGGGAGGUUCUUGAGGACGUGCAACCACUCCCGCAAGAGAGCUUGUUUAUUAUCAAGCCCAACGAAGGUUUGUCGACGGCUGAAGUUUUUAAAACUCUAAAGAUGGAGGAUUGCUCCGAUCGAGAUCCGCGUCAACUUUUAGACAAAAUGCGUGCGGGGGUCAUUUCCGCAGAAUAUGUCAAUGACUUAGAAGUGCCCAGUUUUAAGCUCCUUCCACGUCUAGCAGAACUGAAAGAGAAGCUGAAAGACGCAGGUUUCAAGAACCCUUUGAUCCAGAAGCAGAAGCAGUUACGCCCAGAAAAUUUUGGGCGGACAAAAGUUGACCUGAUCUAG